UUUUUCGGGUCUAUGAGCACAGUUAAAUAUGCUCUAUGCUGCGAUACAUAAAGAUGUAUAAAGACACAGAGGUAGGCUAAAUUCUGACAACUUUCGGAGCCUAACUCAUUACGACGACCCGGAUAUCCAUUGGGACCAUUACGUCAGUGUCCGUGGAGCACAUUUUACAGGAAAUACUUUAGAUGGAAGCCGCUUGCAAGCUACAUUUAUAAAGGACUGCCAUUACCGAGUUUACGGUUCUUCCAAACAGUACCGAGGAAACAUGAGCUACCAGCUCCUGGCCGACAGUCACCAUGAGGACAUGCUGGAGGCUAUGCACCAAAUGAGACAGAAGGGUCACCUGUGUGAUGUCACAGUACAGGUGAAUUUCCAAGGAGAGCUGGAAGAGUUUGAAGUCCAUCAAGUGGUGCUAGCUGCUUCCAGUGGCUACUUUAAAUGUAUUCUACUUGCCCGAGAUGCUCCAAAGAAAUUGUUCCUCACCAAUAUACACACCAUUGAGUUCAGCACGUUUUUAGAGUAUGUAUACACUGGUAAAGCGCAGGUUGCCAAAGAGAGAAUCUGUGAUGUUCAUGAGAUGUCAAAACUGUUGGACUGUAAGAUGCUUACAGAGGCUUGCAACUUAGUUUUGAAUACAGAAACAUCAAGUGAACCUAUAAUAGAAACAUCACAAGAGACAAAGGGAGGUUUAAAUGCCGUGAAGUUGACACAAAAUACUAGAGUUGUGAAACUGCCAAGAAGGUCUUGGAUGAAGAGAUCCAUGGAUCCAAGGAUGUCUGAGAAUAAGGAGGUAAGCCCUAAAAAGGCAAAUGUCAAGGUCACGGCUGAGGUGAAACCUGAAUUCCCGGGGAGAAGGCUAAGCAACAGACUAGCCGGCCGCAAGGUCUACGUUGGCCUUCCUAAGAAGCGGAGACUGAAGAUCACCCCAGGUCCGGCGGAGAACUCCGACCAGGAUGCACCCGGCUCCUCCCAGGAGGACGAGGCUCUGACGGAAGCUGUGAUGGAGGGUGACGAGGAGGAGGGUGACGAGGAGGAGGGCGAUGAGGAGGACUCUGAGAAAACGGCAGAUGCUGAUAUCCAGGAAGAGGAGCCAGGGGAUGACCCUGUGUUCAUGGAGAUGGAGGAGGAGGAGGAGGGGGAAGAGGAGGAGGGCACGAGGAGGAGAGUGGCCAAGCGAGGCGACACUCAGUACAAGUGUGAGAAGUGCCAGAGGACAUUUCUCUAUGAGAAGAGUUACAUGAAACACAUCAGUGUGAGUCAUGGUGUCCAGGCGGAGGUGGUGUACCGCUGUGACACCUGCCAGCAGACCUUUGCGAACCGCGGGAACCUGAAGAUCCACGAGAGGCACGUCCACAACGACGAGCGGCUCUUCUCCUGCGACGUCUGCACCAAGACCUUCAAACGCAAGAAGGACGUCAUCCGCCACCAGCGGCAGGUCCACGAGGGUGGAGCAGGGGCCAUGCGCCAUGUCUGUCCGGUCUGUAGCAAGUCUCUGAGCUCUCGCACCGCCCUCACGCUGCACGAGAGAACUCACACGGGAGACAAGCCCUUCCAGUGUCCCGAGUGUCAGGCCAGGUUUUCCCAGAGCUCCGCUCUCAAGACGCACCGCAGGAUCCACACAGGAGAGAAGCCGUUUGCCUGUGACCAGUGUGAAGCCAGGUUUAACCAGAAGCACAUGCUGUGCUACCACAAGAGGUCACACACAGGAGAGAAGCCCUUCAUGUGUGAGAGCUGUGGGAAAAGCUUUGCGUCUAAAGAAUACCUGAGGCAUCACGCCAACAUCCACACCGGCUCUAAGCCGUACAAGUGUGAACGCUGCGGGCGAGGCUUUGCACAGAGAAACUCGCUCCACCAGCAUAUGAAAACACACACAGGUGAGCGUCCCUACAGCUGCACCUUCUGUGACAAGAGCUUCACCCAGCUGAACGCCCUGCAGAGGCACCAGCGUAUCCACACAGGGGAGAAGCCCUACAUGUGUGGCCUCUGUAACCGCACCUUCACCGAUAAGUCCACCGUCCGCAGGCACACCAUGACUCAUGACAUGGACGCGCCCUGGAAGAACUAUCUGGUGGUUCUCAAGGGAAAUAUGGAGGACAAGAAGCCCAAAGGCUUAACCAAGGUCAAAGUCCAAAAGAAUGGGGAUGCGAAGAAGCCGAGAGGAGCCGCAUCUGGAGAUGGGAGUAAGGUCCAGGAGGGGGCAGUGAUGCUUCCAGCUGGGCCCGUCACCCUCCCUGCCGACUGGACCGGUCCGGGCACCAUCGCCCUGGUCAGCCACCCCAGCCAGGGAGGCAUCAUGGUCAUCCAGACAGAGGGCACCCAGAUCGUCACCGACAGCACAGGGAACAGCAUCCUCUCCCUGGACGGCUCCACUAUCGGCAUCCCCUACUCCAUCCCCGUCUCCAUCUCUCACUCCAUUCCCGGCUCGUCCUCGGAGGCCAUACUGGCUCACGUGUCCGAAAACCCCUCCAUCCCCACUGCGUCCGUACUGGAAACCGUGGUCUCUCAGACCCUGCUGGCUCCUGUUACAGUGGUCGAGUCUGCCUCGGAGAUGGGGAUUACAGGCUCAGAGGACAAGGAGGUAGCAGAGAGCGCUUCCGUCUCAGGGGAGGACUGUGUUACAGUGCAGGCAGCCGACCUGGAGACAGAGUAUCAGUUAGCCUCUGUUCCCUCUGACAGAGGACAGAGUGCUACUGAGCACUCUGGUGCUUUGGGGGCCAUGGUCAUCUCUAUUAACUAGACCAUACACCAACUGUGUUUAAGCAACUGGGGUUUGCAUCAAGCUCAUGCAGACCUUUUAGGUGGAUUGUCUACCCGGAUGUGGUUUGUUUUUAUGUAGUUAGAAGCGAUCAUGUUUCAUAGGAUUCAGUUCAACAUUUUAACAGAAUGCCUCUUCAGUCUUGUGAGUCGGACAGUGUGUUUGUCCCUGUGACGCACGUCCGAGGUCCAGUCUGAUCCUUCAGAGCACGCCUCCAGAUCAAACGGUGUGUUAUGAUCAUUCUUUAAUCAGACUUGCAGCAUUGCUUAUGUAGUGCACUUUUAAACGGACAUUACAUAAAGUAUAAUAUGGUACAAAUCUUACAAGUGUUGAUGUGGAGCUCAUCCAUAAUUUUUUUGUCUUCACACAAUGAGAUGAUUAAAAACCAGGCUAGCCUUGGUUAUGAUAUAAAGGUCAUGUAUGUAAAAGGUAUUGUGUUACCACGCGUUCAAAGACUUAACAAAAAUACCAGGUGGUAGGUGUGUUUUUAUUACUGUACAUUUACACAGACGGACAGUAAAUAAAAAGACCAUUAUUUAGCCAGA